UGUGAUGAUCGGUGAGAUUUAUUUUUGGAAUUACGGCGCAUAGGCUAUUCAAUUAAAAUCUAUUCAGUAUAGCACCGAUCGCCGCGACACAUCCACGUUCGACUUAGUACUUGAGUAGAAUAAAUCUCUGUAGAUUUCAUCUUAAAUCUCCAAAACUGAAAUGGAUAUACAACACGUAUCUUCCGGAAGCAUGAUGGCACCCACUCUAGACACCCCAUCAAAAUAUGGACGCGAUCAAAAAUAUGUAUACAAAAAAUCAUCGUAUCAAUCAUCAUAUUCGAAUACUGAUGGAAAUAUCGGAAAUAGUUUUAGUUCUAAUACUGAACAAAACGUCAAUCAAUUGGAUGCUUUAUUAGAAGACUUAAAAAAUGAACGUGAGCAAACCAGAGAAAAGGAUAUUCACACUUCAAGCACCACCUAUAAAACAAUAGAACCAACAGGAACAGUUACAAAAACAACACGCAUAGUAAAAUCUCAUCAAUUGCCAAUCGAAGUGGAAAACGUAACGGCAUACAGUUCUUAUAGCUCAUCUGAUGAUCCUAAUUCAACAAUGAAGGACAUAAUGCGAAACGAUAUUUCUUAUAAAUCAAAUAAAUCUCUUUCUAAAAAUGUCAACACAUCAACUGUUUUUGAUACCACUAGUUCAUCUCAUUCUGAAAACAAUGUACUUGUACCAAUGUUAUUGGAAAAUGAUUCGAAAAGUCUACAUCUUUCCGAUGAUAUCUUGCCUAUACCUGGAACAAAGGUGACUACAACAGUUCGUACCUACACCUACGAAAUUCCAGCUGAUAAUAAUACAAUAAAUAACAGAACUGUAUUGUAUAAAAAUAACGUUCACAAUUCUUCAAGAAAUGAAUUCAUAUCUGAACCAAAUUUGCCACAAACAGUGGUUUAUAGUUCGGAAAGUUACAAUAAUUCAUCAAAUGGUCCUAACAAUCCAAAUAUAGACCGCCAGGUAGGAGUUAACUCCACCAAUCGUAUUUAUGAGAUUAAUGAAUCCCAAGACUAUCGUACACAAAGAAAUGAACACCUUGUUUCGCAGCCAAUUCAACCGACAUCAAAAACUAUUGUUUACAAUAUAAACAAAACCGAACAUAAUACUAGCACUAUUCAAGGACCUCCUUUCUCUCCAAAUAACGUUCCUUCUCAUACGCUUUUACCACAACGACCACAACAAUCACCGCAUUAUCCGAAUGGCUCGACAAACAACUAUUACUACCGAGAAUCAACUAACACCGUAAAUACAAUUAACGGCUCGCCUGGGGAUAAUUUGCAUCCAAACGUCACCAUUGAGUACCCCAGAGACAACUAUGGUCCAAAAGACAAUUAUGUUCCACAAAAUACUUCUGUUACCUAUGAUUAUUCAUCGUCUACUAUAAAUUCUCGCCGCGGCCCUAACUAUGAUUCUCCAACAUCACAACCGCCUCCCUUUCCUGUGGAUGGUGUUGUAUAUCCUGAUACGACUGGACGUCCUCCAGCACAACUUAACGAACUCUUGGAUUCAUUUGGCGAGGAUAACGUUGAUAGCAAACUCGUGGAUACCAGUCAUCGUCCAAAAAGAGAAAUUGAAACAGCUCUAGCCACAACAAACCAGCAAACUAUACCGAGCGUGAACAAAGCAGGACCAGCCGUAUAUUAUCCACCAGGACAUGACAUGCUAACUAAAAAAGAAGAGAGUAUGUCUGGUGGUUAUGCUGCUUCCGGAAAAUAUGCAAAAGCAUCAGGAAUGUACGAAUACGAAUCUGGAUAUAAAUCGAAGAGCUCAAGUAAAUCAGGUGCAGCUGUUGUCCCAGUGUGUUUGCCUCUUUGCUGUGCAAUGCCUUGCAGCAUUAUGUGAUUUGGUUCUUCUUAUUUACACAAUACAUAAGAUUGAUAUUUUUAUUAUUUUUAUAUUUGUAUGAUUUUAUAAAGUAUCUACAUUUUAUAUGCUCUUAAUCUGCUUAUUUUUUGUUGCGAACUGAUUAAUAAAGGGAAAUUUAAGAUUUUGUUUUGAUGCCAUGUGUCGUAGCUCAUUACGACUUCAUAGAUUUUAAAUUUUUGUUAUAACUAUUUUAAAUUUCAUGGCUGCUAAUUAAUUAACAACUAUAUUAAAUUAUAUACAAGAAUGUGUGCAUCUUUUGCGAACUUCAAUUUACAAUUUAUAUUAAUGUCGUUAUUAUUAUUUUUGAAUUUAAUGUUUAUUUUUCAAGCGCUAUAAUUGUAAAAUAAAAAAAAAACACAUAAAUUAAAAUAAAAAGUAAAACUAGACUGCUAACUUAGUUUAAGAAUGAAUUUCUUAUUAAAAUGUAUGUAUCAACUUCAAUUUUGAUUCAAUAAACAAACCUACCUUCAAAGUCCAGUU